GCCUCGCUAAAGCCAAGCGACCAAGCACAAGCAGCCUCGUAUAGUCGCAGGGAUCGGCAGUAGUCCCAAUACUACCCUACAUAUCUUCGUGCUCACCCGUCAGCACAACCUCUCUGACAGUUCUCGUCAGUUGCCUUGACCGCGCAGGAACUGUCCAGCUCUUCCCACAUUCACCGAGCUGGCUGUGCCUCGCUAAAGGCAGACAUGACAUGGAGCCUCGCUAUCUGACGCAGCGGUGGCUGCUGCAGAGCGCGAUACCAGCCCCGUACCAAGAUAUCAUCCCAUCUUUGACUUUAAUGGUUGCAUGUUCUUACCCUUUCAACUCAUAGACUGCACGAUUACUCUGCAGGUGAAACCAGCCUUUGAGAUUAAACCCAUGCGCUCAGCGAAGCCAAAUGCCUCCUGCUCGAUGGGCGAAGAGUGGCUGCGAGCAAGUGUCCAGACGGAGCUGCGUUCCAGUCAUUCGCGGGCGAUGUGGCGUCAAGGUCAUGAUCAAUCGACCGUCAGUGCUUCUCAGAGUGUAACCAGGCACAGACAGCUAAGCUUCGAAGCUGCAUGCUUGACGAAUCGAUGAACUUUCCAAAUCCUCCGGUUGGACUGGCUACAAUCCGCGUAAACCAAGACUAAUGCGGAGAGAUCA